AUGGCGGCUGGGGCUCGGCGGCGGCAGCUCCCCGCCUGGAUGGGGGCGGCGGGGGACGGGCGGGCGGCGGCGGCCCCGGCCCCCAGCACCGGGCGGCGGCGGGCGGCGGCGGGGCGCAGGCCGGCGGCGCUGUACUGCAUGAACGAGGCGGAGCUGCUGGAGGUGGCCCUGGCGGUCCUGGCCGAGAAUCUACAGAGCGAGGAAGGUGAGGAGAAGGCCCUGUCCGGGAGCGAGGAGGAGCAGGAGAUCCCGCCAACACCAAGCGAGGCCAGCACGGAUGGAGGCAGCGACCGCGGUCCGGCACUUCCAUCCCCUCCUGCUGCUGGUGCUGAAGCAGAGGGGACAGGCGCGGAGAACUCUGAGGACGAUGUCCUGAAAUACGUCAGGGAGAUCUUUUUCAGCUAACAUCUCUGACUUCCCUGGAGAAGAGGGCAUAAUGGGGAGGGUGUCUCCUCCCGCGGCCCUGGGAAGGGUGGGAGGAGGGCCUGGUGGGGGCUGUGCAUCCAUCUGCUGUGCCGGUGCCCUGUGUAGCUGGUAGGAUACCCAGGAAGGCUAGGGGGGAAAGGAAGGAGGUACUCAGUUCUCCCAGUCUGUGCUGGGCUCAGUGGGAUUUGGCUCCAGAUUAGGAUGUGUUUGAUUCUGUUUCACAUUUCAGAGCACGGACAGAUAAAAGAAGACAUUCGGGUUUCUGUGAGUAUCCCUUUGGUGGGUUGGUGUCGGGCAUGGAGGCAAGCAGGGAGCUGCUGACCUGGAAGACCUUUGCUGGCAGAGCUACAUGGUCAUGGUUCAGCCAUGAGGCUCCCUUGUCCUUGUGGUCCCUCAGUCACAGCUGCAGCGGGGCCUGGCAGGCUGUUCCCAUUGGGCCUGGUGCUGAGUUUGCCUCCAGACUCCAGCUGUCUUCCCAAUGCUGAGGAA